AUGUGGAAAAUCCCACAGUCAACAGAGCUGAUUUCUGACGCUGAAUAUCAAUCUUUGGAGUUCUUCCAAGCUCAGACCUCCCACUGUUUUGGUUCGGAUAUUGGCAUGUUCCUGCUGCAGGCGACCUAUCACGAACCAAUCAUCAGAACUAUCGCAGUUGCCAUCGGCUCUUUGCAUCGCUCUUUUGUCUUCGGUUCAGCUGGUAAAUCGAAGAUCGAUGAAGAUUCUCUAUUUACUCUAUUUCAUUACAAUAAAGCGAUCCGACAACUAGUGGCCGUGCAGCCUCACUCCCCUAAAACUAGCGACACCUACCUAAUCGCCUGUAUUCUUUUCUUCUGCUUUGAAUGUCUACAGGGUAAUUACAAAUCUGCUUUCCAGCACGCAACCUCGGGGCUCAAAAUUAUCCAGCAACAAACAAGAUUUGCUCGCUCUACCACUCCCUUGUACAUACCCCCAGAAGCAAUCACACAGGUCUUUGCCAUCCUCGAGAAUCAAAUAUUAGAGAUAUAUGGUGGACCGGCAGAAGCGCUUACAUAUGCACUUCCUCGAUCGAGAAGAUCUAUGCCACUCUCUAUCAGCGAUAUCUCGCGACCGCUAACGGCCCAAGAGAUACUAAUCGCGUUUCAAUGGCUCUAUUAUCGCUUCACACGUUUCGGGGCUGUGUGCGAUUUCUUACUGGAGCCCUUGCAGGGCCAAGCCUUUGAGUUCCUCGCAAAAGCUCAGUCUAUCAAAGCCGAAUAUGCUGAAAUUCGUCAAGACUUGACGAUCUGGAUGGCCAUCUUUGAAGAAUGGUUAGAGAAGACACCGCCGGAGAAUGAAAAUCGCGAUAUCAAGAUACUCAAGAUCUGGAAUAUCCUCUUCAAUCUAUUACUGCAGUUGAGUUUGCCUGAUCCACAGUUGAGCUGGGACAAACAUGUGGACAAAUACGCUACUAUAACGUCACUUGCGACAGAGAUUCUCAAUAUACCAUCUACUUUCACGCAGUCUUUCUCUCUGGGUGUACGAUCGCAGUAUGUAUUGCCAUCUGUAGCGAGUAACAAGUCAACCAACCCUCCUCUUCGUCCCAAGCAUUCAAAAUCAGUCUCUCCUACGUUCUCGCUGUCUCUUGGCAUUGUGACGCCUCUUUAUGUGGUCUCCACUCAGUGCCGAGUCGCGUCUAUUCGGCAUCAUGCCCUGGCUAUGCUUUCGGUUUGCCAGCGCCGAGAAGGACUAUGGGACUCUACUAUGGCAACGCAGGUUGUAAGGCGCUAUAUAUCGAUUGAAGAGAACGCAGCCAAUAUCAUAGCUGGUACUGAUUAUCAGCCUGCCGACAUCAAGCUGCAGGCUCGCAUCAGAUGCUUGGCUCUUGAAUUUGAGGACAAUGGAAUUAUAGGUGUAAAGUACCAUCUUUACAAGGAUCCAGUUAAUGGUGUUAUUGAGGAAAAGUUUUUUUACUAA